GAAACUGUCAAAGUUGGCAAAAAGUGAGCGAAAUGUGGAAGUGUAGACAGAAGUAAUCGACGAUGUUGGAAAUUUCAGCGAAGCUUGCAAGUGUGUAACACGUUGGGUGGAUCUGCAAUAAUGUCGGAGCAUGUGCGUUAUGGCAUGGUGGCAUGGACAGAUGGGAAAUGUCAGCCUGUCCCCAUGCGGCUCUAUCUCACAGAUGAACAUUUGUCCCUCCAAAAAGAAGAGGUCGUUUAUGCAACACAGGAAGAUGCAGACAAAGGGGCAUUACUCCAGAAGUUACGAAAUGUGACGAUUUAUCGUGAACCCGUUGGGGGCCUGGGGCUGAGCGUGAAGGGCGGGGCAGAACACAAGCUACCCGUACUCAUCUCACGGAUAUUUAAAAACCAAGCGGCUGAUAAGACUGGACAGCUUUUCGUUGGUGAUGCAAUUUUGAAGGUUAAUGGAGCCAAUAUGGAACAUGCUACCCAUGAGCAGGUUGUCAAGGCCCUCCGUAACGCCGGUGAUAUGGUCACCGUGACAACCAAACAUUUCCGUCCUGCAUCCCACUUCCUGAGCAAGGGCAACACCAGGCAUGAGGGCAAAGACAUACAGCAGAGAGAGACGACCAACAAUUUACCAAGGGUAGAGACACGCUGGACAGAUACUGUAACGAUACCCCUUAUGUACUCGUACCUCUCCAGGUAUACACCUGGAACUGAUAAAAUCAGACCUAAUUCCUUUGAGGUUUUCGGAGCUGAUGGGAAUUCUUCAGGUAUAAUUCAGUGUGAGGACAGCACAAGUUUGUCAGACUGGAUACAGUCUAUACAGAGCAACAGCAGCGCUCUGCUCACACGGACAAUUCAAGUUGCAAACCGCACAUUACUUCCUUCCGAACAGAUCCACCAUUUCUGCUGGGUAUUUGAGCGCAUUUCUCCCACACGUUAUUGGCAGAGCUGGAAGGCCAAAUUCCUCGCUCUCCGGGGAUCAGAAGUCUUUGUCUUUGAGUUUCCACCAUGUACAACACGUGAUUGGGCCAGAGGAGAGCGGAUUUUUAAGGUGUACGACUGUAUGUUUAAAAUUAUGAAGGACACAGAGCUUCUGGACGAUCGUCAUCAUUGUUUCCUGGUGCAGGCUGGGAAUGAGGAAUCUGUGUACAUGUCCAUGGAGACACGAACGGAAGUGUUAAGGCUGGAGAAGGCGUGGCACAGAGCUAACCACAUGGCUGUAACCAAACUAGGGAGUAAGACCUUUGGUUGUUCAUGGCGAGGUUCCUUGUCUGGUCUGACACUCGAUAUCAACAGUGGAUUUUCUCUCUAUGACAGUGAGUCACGGAGUUACAUGUGGAGCUACAAGUUCUCUCAGCUCAAGGGUUCGUCAGAUGAUGGCAAAACAAAGCUGAAGCUACAUUUUCAGAACAGCACAAACAAACAGAUUGAAACAAGGGAAGUGGAGUGUACAAAUCUGAAGGCAUUACUCUUCAGCAUCCAUGCGUUCCUGUCAGCCAAACUGGCUUCCGUUGACCCUGCCUUUCUCCAGAAUUGUUAGCAGAGCCAUCUGGUGGAGAAAGUCAGCAAUGGCAAGAGUAUGGAAAGCCUACAACAUUUUGAUAGCUCUUGAUGGCAUUGUAUUUUUGUGGAAGAAACCAAUAACAGUAAGAUUUUAAGAUGUUUUGUUCGGUGCAUAGGAGAAAACUGCUAAUGCGAAGGAAGUAUUGUGGUUAAUAAUGAGUGACGUUGGUCACUGUGAGAACAUUUGUGAAACAGUAAAGUUGUACAGUGCAUGAAUCUGCAGGUGUUAAAUUCAUAU